AUGGUUGCUAAGUUUCUGCCCUUCUUGCGCCGCCCCAAAGUCCUUGCGAAGAAAGAUCGGGACUACCAAGAAGGAUGUGUCGAAUGUGAGCCGUUGCCUCCACAACUGCUGACUGAUCAAGAUGUGGGGAGCCAGUGGCUUCCAGAUGACCUUGAGCAGCGAAUCGAUUUUCUGAGGGCAUUGGCAGAGCACAGCCUGCCAAUGCCGCAGAACGAGGCACAGUUCCAUGCCGCUCGAGUUUUCAGUGAUGAGACGGGGCAAUCGGAGUACAAUCUGGACCAGUGGAAAGACUACUUACAACUCCAUGGCUACUCUGUCCAGUCUGGUUGA